GAGAGAGAGAGAGAGAGAAUGGGGAUGAUACUUGGAGUGGCUGAUCGGCUCAGAGUGGAAGUGAAGGAGAGUUUGAAGAGGAGGCGGUCGUCUGGCCAGCCGAAUAUCAGUACUAAUUCCUCUGCUUCCAAUGCGAUCAAAUCGGGACAACAUAUCUUCUCCUACCGCCGCUGGGGACUCUACUCCCACCAUGGAAUAUAUAUAGGCAACGGGAGAGUGAUCCACUUCACCCGGACGGAGGACAAAGAAGCCCUCGUUCCAUCGUGGACACGACUAGGAGUGCAAUGCCACUCUAACCAUACUCCAUGUCCAAAAUGCAGCCACACAACCAGUCAAGGUGACGAUCAUCAGCUGCAGGUAGCUGCUGUAGUUCCUCGCGGAGUCAUCCAAUCAUGUCUUGAAUGCUUCCUUCGUGAUGGCUCAAAGCUUCAACCUGUACAUCUCUAUGCAUAUGGUCUGCCCAGGUGGCGACUCUUGCUCAAAGUUCCCGGCUCCUGCACUGCCACAGCUCCCACGAGAUUUCCGAUCCAAGUGAUUGAGACGGCUCAAAAGUUUCUCGCUGAUAAAAGUUUCCCUGAGUAUAACCUCUUCAGGAGCAACUGCGAGCAUUUCGCAACAUUAUGCUGCACAGGGACGGGCAUAAGCGAACAGACGGCACCGUGGGCUUGGUUCGCCAUAAAACUAAAGCUUGCUUGAAGGUAUCUUCCGUCGACCAUGGACGGCUAUCACCAAAUGACCCCAAUUACUGUUCGAGCUCCGUCCGCAUUGACAUCUCCGACGCAAAACCAAAUCUAAUCCGAAUCCCACGUGUACGGACGUACUCAUCCCCAUACAUCAUCAUCGUCCCUUCA